GGUUGGUAACAUUAACCAAUUUUAGGCAGCAGAACGGCAAGGAGAUAGAAGUGAUCGCAAUUGUGUCACUCUUAUAGGAAUAAGAAUUUAUUUAAGGCCCAGAACAGGAAUCAAAAUAGAAUUAUGGCAUUAAAUCCACAAUACGAGGCUAUAGGGAAAGGGUUCGUCCAACAAUAUUACGCUCUCUUCGACGAUCCCGCCCAGAGGCCCAAUUUAGUUAAUAUGUACAAUAUUGAAAGCUCCUUCAUGUCCUUUGAAGGCACGCAACUGCAGGGCUCUGUUAAGAUAAUGGAAAAGUUGACGAGCCUAUCGUUUCAAAAGAUAAAUAGAGUUAUAACUGCUGUUGAUUCCCAGCCAAUGUUUGAUGGUGGUGUUUUAAUAAAUGUCCUCGGAAGGUUGCAGACUGACGAAGACAUACCUCACGCAUACGUUCAAACAUUUGUACUGAAACCUAUUGAGGGAAGUUUUUUUGUUCAGCAUGACACUUUCCGCCUAGUUCUACAUGAUACUAUUUAGCUUCGUGAAGCUGACGAAGAUCCAGCACAUGCAUAUUCACAAGUGUUUGUAUUGAAACCCUUAGGUAAUUCAUUCUUUGUUCAGCAUGACA